AUGAGGGAUACGGUUGAGUUUUGUGUUAGUACGUGUUUUGUGAUUGGAGGUGAUGAUGAUGUAGCUGUGACGUUGAUGAAUAUUUUGAUUUCUGGUUGUUUAUGUAGUCAUGGUUUUGGGUGUUCAAUCGUUUGUAGGGUGUAUAUGAGGGAUACGGUUGAGUUUUGUGUUAGUACGUGUUUUGUGAUUGGAGGUGAUGAUGAUGUAGCUGUGACGUUGAUGAAUAUUUUGAUUUCUGGUUGUUUAUGUAGUCAUGGUUGUGAGUGA